GCUCCUCACUCUUCUAAUGUAACUCUAGUGUAACUAUGUCUAUGGCCAUUGCAGUACAUGUUCGGCAAUGCGAACUGAAAAUUUGACAUGAUUAUGUUUAGUUUAAAUGAGAUAACAACAAAACUGCUUCAGUUUUUCUUUUUUAGCUCACAGCAGUGUCGUUGAUCGAUUGCUUUUCCCGAAUAGAGCCAGCAAACGUUAGUGCUGACAAACGCAGCAAGCACCAAACGUAGAUCUGCAAAACACCAGCCCGUGUGACAAAGAAAAUCUUUCCUCCAUGUUCAUUGUUGCAGAUCUGGUGAAAGUCUAAGCCCCGCCCUCCGUCUUUCACUUCCUCCUCAGUCUGUCGUCGCUUCGGUCGGGUUCGUUUAUUAUGGCGCUUUUAGGAGUAUGGAGUCGGUGUUGCGCCUCGCAUUGCUGAGCGUCUCUCAGGUUUUACAGCUUGUUGAAAAAAGGGGUGCGGAUAAAAGGACAAAAAUGGAGGAAAAGGCGUUAGAAGUUUACGAUGUGAUCCGAUCGAUCCGGGACCCAGAGAAACCCAACACGCUGGAGGAACUGGAGGUGGUGACGGAGAAAUGUGUGGAGGUCCAGGAUCUGGGAGAGGACGAGUACCUGAUCAUCAUCAAGUUUUCCCCCACCGUCCCUCACUGCUCCCUUGCUACUCUCAUUGGUUUGUGCCUACAAGUGAAGCUGCAGCGCUGUUUGCCUUUCAAACACAAGCUGGAAAUUUACCUUUCAGAAGGAACCCAUUCUACAGAGGAAGACAUAAACAAACAAAUCAAUGAUAAGGAGCGAGUGGCCGCCGCUAUGGAGAACCCCAACCUUCGAGAGAUCGUGGAGCAGUGCGUGACGGAACCAGACGACUGAGCCUCAGUGUGUGUUUGUGCGUGAUUGAAUUGUCCAUUUGAGCAAAGGACAGGAUCAGGUUGGACCUUUUUGACCCAGAAGGAAAACAACUGUCCCUUUUUCCUUUUUUUUUUCUCAUGCCGCAAGAGGGAAAAUGAUGAAAAUGUUUUUGCGGAGAGAAACUUAAACUGAUGCUUGAGAAGUUCUGAUUUUCUUAAAAAUGAUUUGUACUUUUAGAUGUUUUAAAUGAAUUAAAGCUGUUGCGUGUCAGUCUUUGUCUGAGGGGGUGGGGGGGCUAAAGGACAUUUAAAAACAAAAGUAACUAAAGGCACAUUCUAUUCCCAGGGUCUUUUCCCAAAAAGCUAACUCAAUAGAAAUCCUGACCAAAUUCAAGAUGAGCUGUUUCACAAACUGGAAAAAGUCUGAGUUUGGUUUUGACUCCUCCCACUUGAGAGUCACACUUUCAUCCCCACAUAAAAACUGACGUGAGGCUGAGAGUGAAUCAUUUUUAGAGUUUCUAACAAACACUUUGCUAUUCUUUUGUAAAAAUAAGCCGUUGGUUUAGGAACAGAAAAUGAAUGCAGUUCUAUGUUAGAAAAAAGUGAUCUGCACUUAUUGUUACUCUUCAAUCUUAUUGUCAUAUGCUCCGCACACUACAGAUGCUGUUGGACACACUGAAUGUUAAUUACAAAUCUGGGAGCCAAAAUCUUUAAAUGUGCAAACUUGACCACAUCAUUAGUUCAUUAUGGUAUGCACAUAUUGAUUUUUCUGUUCAUCUUUGUGUCUUUUUUAGGGGAAGUUUUCCUCUAAGGGAAAAAUGUCACAUUUUGUUUAUUGUACACACAAAAUAUUUGGAAUAAAGUUUAUGGCAAUAGAUUAA